AUGGUCAAGGCUGUGUGCAUCGUCCGAGGUGACUCCAAGAUCACCGGUACCGUCACCUUCGAGCAGGCCUCGGAGUCUGCCCCUACAACGAUCUCAUGGGACAUCACUGGCCACGAUGCCAACGCUGAGCGUGGCAUGCACAUCCACACCUUUGGUGACAACACGAACGGCUGCACCUCAGCUGGACCCCACUUCAACCCCCAUGGCGCAACCCACGGUGCUCCCACCGACGAGAACCGCCACGUUGGUGACCUCGGCAACUUCAAGACUGACGCCCAGGGCAACGCCAAGGGCUCGGUUGAUGACAAGUUCAUCAAGUUGAUCGGACCCGAGAGCGUCAUUGGCCGAACUGUUGUUGUUCACGCCGGCACUGAUGACCUUGGCAAGGGUGGCAACGAGGAGUCUCUCAAGACUGGCAAUGCUGGUGGCCGACCUGCCUGUGGUGUCAUUGGCAUCUCCAACUAG